GUCUCUCGUAAAUGUGAAAUAAAGAUCUUGAUUUCAGUCUCGCUCUACAGAACUAUGCUUACGUGCGUUACAAUCUGUAAUUAUGGGCGGGAGACAGAUUACUUGCGAUGGCAUGAUGUUGAAGACCGAUUUAUUUUCAGGUGUACUACUUGAUUGUUUUACCUUUGUAUGUGUGAAAUUAUAACGGAUUAUAUGGGAACUUUUUUGCGAGUAGCCGAUAUCCUUGAAGAGGAAAUAGUAUCAUCACGAUGUUGUAGUUUAUUGCAUUUUUGGACAAGCACGCGUUCAAAAGCCACGGGGGAGAAGAUUUACGGACGUAUGAAUAUCAGCCAGUGAUGAAGACGCGACGACUCUUCUCGCAGUCAUGAGAGCAUGGCAACACAUGUUUCUACUAUUUCAUCGCGAUUCUACUUGGUCGUAAAUCUUUCGUUUAUAGUUUCUCUCUCUUGAUGUUCCUCUUUUUCAGCAGGGGGCACGAUGAGAAACUGCUCUCUCUUAGGAGGACUUACUACAUGGUAGGCAAGCGACUCUGAUUCAGAAUAACUUUAAGGUAAGGGUGAGAAGAUUACUUCCAUGAAGACGGUGCUGGAAGAAAAUGAUUACUUACAUUCAGAUCUUGUUUUUAUUGCGUGAAUGUCCAAAAAGGUGGUAGAUGUGUAUUUCGGCUGUAAACUUGUUAUUCAAAAAAGAUCGAAAAGAGUUGUAAGUUUGGGCAAAUAUGUUUUCUGCAUGUUGCGGAGUCGAGGACUCUUUCUGGAAUGUAAAAUUCAAGAGCUUGUUCAACGAAGAUGAUGAAGACACUCAAAACUAAAGAUAGUCCUCAAUCGUUUCAGUUGCUACUUGAACUAUUAGGGUCUGCAAAUAUAUUUAAGAACAUCAAUCGAACGUGGCCCUUGUGCUUGUGCAACUUUUCGUUCGGGUUUAUUGUGGCACGAGCCUCAGAACCCGAAGCAGAGGAACCACAACUAUUACCUAGUGCUGUGUUGUUAGAAGCGGGGGUGUAG